AGAGAGAAUGCGUAGCAAUUUGUUAGCAGUGUGUGGUUAUUGCAGACUCCCCGAUAUCACAAUUGAUGACAUAAGUCAUCACUACUUUAACUAAAGGAACAAAAACAAGAUGUCGGGAGAAAAUGCAGACUUCGCUAUCCUCACGCUACCUGACGGCCGCACGCACAAUAUCCGAACCUACAAAGGCACAGCGGGCGAGGAGAUUUUUCUUGAUAUCCGCGACUUACAAGCAAAAUGCAAUGCCUUCACCUACGAUCCUGGCUUUGGGUGUACGGCCUCAUGUUCGAGUUCCAUCACUUUCAUCGACGGCGGCAAAGGAAUCUGCCUUUAUCGCGGUAUUCCGAUCGAAGAUCUAUGCGAAAACAGCAGCUUUCUUGAGGUUUCAUUUGGAUGUUACCAAGAUGUUAGCACUACGUUGUACAAGUGUUCCUAGACCAGUGAAGCUUUUCGCACGGAAACUUUUGUGUACAAUGUACCCGUUAUUCUUGUUCAGGAUCCUUCGCCAUACCAGUGUUUCUUCCUGACUCUGUCAUGAGGUUUCGUAUCUCCUGAUGACGGGGGAGCUGCCGACUGCGAGGGAGCUGGAGCUGUUCUCCCAUGAAAUUAAGCAGAAUCUUCUUGUGCACGAAAAGCUGAAGAAGAUGUUUGAAAAUUUUCGCAUGGACGCUCAUCCCAUGGCAAUCAUGGUCGCGGUGACUGGAGCACUUAGCGCAUUUUUUUCGGAACUAGAUUUACGGGCAGCUUUUAUCCAUCUUUCUCGGCAUCUCGAUGCCCGUCCCCCUUGUAUUUUAUGGAAAAGGGGCCGAGAUAAGUGAACCGAGAAGCAUUCUAGUACACGCUAAUAGAUCAGACCGACACAACCUUUCGCUGGCUAGCAGCGGUUCGCAUGGUUGCGAAAUUCCCGACUCUCGCAGCGUUGGCCUACAAGACGCAUUUGGGCGAGCCACCUGUUUGGCCACAAGUAGAAGUUUUUCCAUCAAGUGGUGUGUCGUGCCAUGAUUUUCCAUUCAAGUGGAGUAUUUGUGUGCCUUCAAGUGGAAGUUUUUGGUCAAAUGUAGAAGUACAUUGGGAGCAGUGCUGUAGCGAUUGUCUCCAUGUAGUUCUUCAUGAGACGACAGAAAAACUUCUGGAUAUUGGCCGUGUCUCCUAAGACAAGUUGCAUACUUCUAUUUUAUGUGAAUUAUUUUCGUUUUCCAUUUUCCGCAGGUGCACGUGCAGUGCAUACUCUUUCUCCCAUCGCUCAGGCCAAAUUGAGUUUCGCGGAGAAUUUUUUGCAUAUGAUGUUUUCGACGCCAUUGGAAGAGUACAAGGUGAAUCCGUUUCAUGCAAGAGCUAUCGACGCUUUUUUGAUUCUACACGCGGACCACGAACAAAACGCGUCGACUUCGACUGUCCGCAUCGCCGGGUCCAGUCAGGCGAACCCUUACGCGUGCAUUGCUGCAGGGAUCGCGUCUUUGUGGGGCCCAGCGCAUGGUGGAGCCAAUGAGGCGGUCAUUAAAAUGCUCGAAGAGAUCGGACACAAAGAGGAGAUCCCAGAAUUCUUGGAGAAAGUACUAACCAGAUGACGUUUUUUCUUUUUCCACAUCCGUUCCCUCGAAGGACCUUUUCCGAGAAAGAAUAUCAAUAUGAAUGUAGUUACUGUGUUUAUUCAAGAAUAAAGUACUUAGAUAUCUUCUUUACUAUUCCAGUCAAUUUUGAUCUGACAACCUUACUCGUCAUUGUCUUUGAUGAGGUUAAACGCAAAGAGACGCGGCUCAUGGGGUUCGGACACCGCGUUUACAAGAAUUUCGACCCCCGAGCGAAGCAAAUGAAGAAGCUGGCGCACCAGAUCCUGAACGAUCUGGAAGUGGCGGACCCAAGCCUCGAACUUGCCAUGGAUCUCGAAAGAAUCGCCUUGGAAGAUGAAUAUUUCACGAAGCGGAAACUCUACCCGAACGUCGACUUUUAUUCUGGCAUCAUUUUAAGGGCGAUUGGUACCUACUGGAAUUAAAAUUUUGGAUUCAUAUUCCCUUCAACCAAUGUAAGCAUCAAUGCAUGUGAAACUUGAAAUCUGUACUCAGAAGGCGAAAAAAUAUUGGAUUCUUAUCGUCUGAAUCAAACUGGAACUCAAGGUAUUCCCACGAAUAUGUUUACGGUGAUGUUUGCGAUGGCGCGCUGUGUCGGGUGGUGUUCACAUUGGUUGGAAAUGCAUUUGGAGGAUCAAAUGCGAAUCGGCCGUCCGCGGCAGCUCUAUGUCGGCUCGACGCGACGGCCAUUCAUUCCGAUCUCUCAACGGGGUGAGCGAGGUGGGUCGAGUCAGUCUACGGAUUUGGCAGAAAUAGAGAUUGUAGGAGGAGAUGAGCGCCGUCACCGUUCUGUGAAGGGGACGAUUGCAGAUGAAGAGCGUUUGCCACGAAGCUCCCAGCUCUUGGCCGCUCCGCAACGGCAAUUGUUCGCCCGGUCGGCAUCGGCAAGUCGGAUUUUUGUAACGGGACGGACUUCCGUUUUGCCGGCGCCAUUGGAGGCGCAUUCGCAGUCCAAAGGCAGAGUUUCCCAUUUUAUCCAGGGCUUGGCGGCGAAGACCAACACCAGCUUCCAGAUGUCAGUGCCCGACGACGAGGGACCAAGCAAGCGCAUGGUUACGCCUAAGAUGGCGCAGAACCUCCUGCCGAGCCAGUAAUAUAAAAAGGGAGGCUGUCACUCAUUGUCAUAGAGCACAUAUUGCAGGUCGCGUCACGACAGUUUAUUUCUGAACACAUGCAAUUAUUGAGACUUGUUAAAGCGAUUCUUACAUGUUGUCAUACACGAUAUUUCGACCACACACAUAGCGCGCUUAUCCCUAGAAUAUAUGCUUCUACUCGGUUCAGCAUCAUGAUUCAUUUUCUAAUCCUAGCUGUCUCAUAGAGUUGUCUGUCCUUCAUUGAUCUGUCCUCUACAUGAAUAGCCAAAUUGUACAAGUAGGAAGACUAGGCACGACCUGGGCUGCAGGCCAGAUUUUGAUUGUUCUAAAUCAUCUUGAUAAUUCUCGUGGAAUAUAGCUUUUAUAGACUUGCAUAGUCUCUGUGUACGACGCAGAAGCAAAAUAUCCCUAAAGCUGUUGUAGAAUAAUGUAAGACCAAAGAUACUAUGUCGAAAUAUAGUACCACCUAGAGUUGCGCAGAAGAAGUUUCAUUUGCUACCUAGGCACAUCAUCACUAUCAUCACCAUAAUGGCAAUGAAUUUUUCAUAUGAAGAAUCGUAAGGAAAUGUUGGGAACCGUGACUGUGCCUAACCUCUACUCAUUCAGCUUGUGCUUGUAAUCUCUGUCUUCAAAGAUUCUCGCACAUUGGAAAAGGACCACCGAAAAUUUGAAGGACUCAUCGUGCUCCAGCCCUUGGUGAUUGGAAAAGCAAACACGCACAUACUUGGAUGAAACAGGCGUCUCUAAUGGCUUCAAGGUCAGUACGCCACUGAUGCUUGGCUGGUUGGAGGAAAACCAUGGUAUUCUGAGCACAUCCGUUGUCCGGAGGCACGAAGAAGUAUCCGG